UACUCACAUGUACUGUAGAUUUGCGCGUGCGAAAAUGUUAAAAAAAAAAAAAAAAAUUAUACAUACUAUAUAAAUAACAUCUUGUAAUUUCAAUGAUUUUUUGAAUAAAUCAUGUUACGCUCUCUUGAUACAAAUAGGAACAAAAUUAAUAUGACUCCUUGUCAAGUGAGCCUUGAGAAACUUGCACCAAGUCGAUAUAUGCACAAUGAAAAGAUAUUUGAUUUGCGUGAUACUUUAAAUGACAGGAGGUCAUCGUCAAAGAAUACACCAGUAUCAAAUUGUGAACUUCCAAAAGUUUCUUCUACAGAAGUUGUUUCGACUGAUGUUCCUGAAACUGAUUUAAAAAAAGCAUACAUCGUUCAUAAUUUAAAAUUAAAUAAUACAAAAUCAAUAAGUUUUAGUAAUGAUAUUGGUGAAAAGCAAUUUACUAAAGUUCAAGAUGCAAAUGUAAAUUUUACUGAAGACCAAUUGUUAAAUGAACAAGAUGAUUCAGAUUUAUCCAAUUCGUUUAGUGACGAAGAUGAAGACAAUAUUUUAAAAGAAGACAACCAUGAAACAAAAGGAUCUAAUUUAACACAUGAAAAUGUUGAUUUUGAUGCCAUGUCAAUCAUGAUCGAUGACGAUUUAGAUAAUUUAAAUAAUGAUUUAGAUUUAAAUAAUGAUUUAGAUGAGUUAUAUGGAAACAAGAUUUCAAAUAAAAUCAAUUGUAAUAAAGUACUAAAAGUGGGGACAAAAAGACCACAAGAAAAUAGAAGCAGUGAUUCAAAUCAAAGUAAAAAGACAUUUAAAGCAAAGCCAAGACUGAAAAAUCAAAUACGUGCACCUUUAAACUCGAUUACUAUUAAUAAAAAAAAACAACCAAAAAUAUUUAGCUUUCCUGAAAUUAAAGACAAUGGUUUGAACAAUAUCCUUCAACAAAUUGUUCCUUCUAACCAACAAGUUAAUUCUCCUAAAGAAAAAUUUGAAUUUGCUAUAAGUCCAUUAGAGAAAACUGAUUCUACAUUUAUUGAGCCCACUCCGCACCUAUCUACUCAGUCCCUGUCCACUCAACACUUAUCCAACCAGUCUGUUUUUGUGCAUCCCUCUCAGGUUGAAAAUAAAUACGUCAAUCAAUCUUUUCAGGAUAAUUUCAGAAAUAAAGGAGACAAGCCUUAUGGGUAUUAUGUUAAUGGAAGGAUUCCAUCUGCACCUAAUGGGUAUUGCUUUGAUUUUUGGAACAAAGGAGCAUGUAAAAGAUUGCAUUGUCGCUAUGAACAUCAACACUGGAAUAGUGAAAAUGGAGGAAACAAUGAAGAAAGAUUGAAGAAAAGUACUCCAAAUGAUCCUAAUAUGAAUUUCAACAUUUUGGAGAGAAGUGAAGAAAAGAUUGCACACCUCAAAAAUGUAACAAAAGAAUCAAAUUGGGUCACUUUAAACAUUGCUGAAAAAAGAAAAUAUCAGUUUUUAUUAGAAAGAUCACUUUCAACUUUAACUGAUUCAGAAAAAAACAUUUCUAAUGCUGGUUUUGCAUAUGAAUGUCUGAGGAUGAUUAAGAGUGUUGACUGUUUAAAAGAAAAUAGUUUAUACUACUGUGCAAAAGUGCAAGCUGAAUCUGGAAUUUUUGAGCGAGCAUUUGAGCUGCUGAAAGAAUUAUGGACUAUGUCAAACAAAAGUAAAUCUUUUGAUGAGAUAAAAAGAAAAUGGGAAGAAGUGUUUCUUAUCUGCAUCGAUAGUUCUGGAAGCUUAUUUGAUCAUUGGGAGUUUUUUAAAAGUGCUGCUAUUAAUUCUGAUAAGAUCAUAAACAAAAUAUUUGCUGUUGUUGAUUUAUCUAUUAUCGAAGCAAAGUUCAAGAUAGAUGAAUUGACUAUUUUCCAAAAGAAUUUAAUAAAUGGUACUUUGUUUCUGGCUGAAGCAUCUUUAACAAAGUUUUUAAAAUUAUAUUCACCUGCUGAGACUAUAAAAAAUGUUGUUGAUUUGCUCAAAGUGUUGCCAAAUUUAAGUAUUUUACCAAUAGUAACAGUUGAAAAGUUACUAACAUCAAUUUAUGAUUUUAACGAUGCUGAAACUAGGAUCGGCAUAUUAAAUCGCUUACCUACUUGUAUAGCAACGCAAUGUUCAAUUUCAUGGAAUGCCUUGGUAGUUGAAUGUUGCCAAAAAGGCCCCGACUUUUUGCAAGUGGCAGAACAAUUGUAUGGUAUUAUGAAAGCAAAAGAUGUAAAAACAACACCAGAGUGCAGUAUACAUUUACUGAAUUCUCUUUGUGCUGCUGGCAAAUUUGAUUCGUUUGUUAAAAGAAUUGAAGAUUUUGAACAAAAUAAUAUUUUUCAAGACUUUAAAACACCUGGAUGGUUUGCCGAGUCUCUUGCUAAAUUUCUUAACGUUGGUGGCAACCUAACAUUUAUCUUUAAAAUAGUUAUGCUUUUGCUUGCGUCACCUUACCAGCCUGAAGAGCAAAUUGUUUUAAAUGUACUUGAUGGUUUGAUAGCUUCUAGAAAAUUUUCUGAUAUAUUUGAACUUGUAAAAAAGUGUUUUCAAUGCUCUGUUAUACUGUCACAAAGAGACCUAAGAAGAAUAAUAUAUUAUCUAGAAGAGUGGACCUCAAAGCCAGAUGCUUCGAUUGAAAUUUAUGCCUUGACCAGAAAAAUGUAUCCUCGUCCUGCAGAUUACUGGUGUAUUAAAUGUUCCAAAAUACCAAGUAAUCCAAUACCUUCAAUGAGGUCAUCAAGCAGUACACCACACGCAAGUAGUUUAACCAGAGAGUUAAAUAUUAGUCCAAGUAGCUUAAAUGAUGAUUUUGAAUCUGUUGAAAACGAUGAGAUGGAUGUAGAUUAUUAUCAAAAACCUAUCAAAAAGUUGUUACCAAAUUUAACGUUUGCAUGCAGUAGUGAUUGCAAUGUUCAUUUGUUACCAAAAUUAUUUGACAAAAUUAUGAAGAGUGGAAAAUCAAAUGAUCGAUCAGUUGUUGAAGCUAUCUUUCUUGGGAUAUCAUCGUGUGAAAACAAUCAAUAUGACUUAUUUCAAACCGUUUCUAACAACUUAAUAAAUGAUCGUUUAGAUGAUUCUGUUUUAAAGACAGUGGGUCAAGUCGGUGUUCGAUUGAUAAAGAAUUUAUUACACCUUUCAAAAUUUCAGGAAGCAUAUUAUGUUCUUCUUUUUCUUGAUCAAAAAUGUAUACCCUACAUCAAAUGUGGAAAAGCAUUUGGAGUUCAGAUUUAUACAUCAACAGACUUGAGCGAAUGUGAUGUACUUCUGAUGUGUUGUAAAGUUUGUACUGAAUGCAAUGAUUUCGAAAGCGCUUAUAACUUAUUUGAACAAAAUGUGAUGAGUAAUAAUAUUUAUAUAUCAGAACCAGAAUAUAAUGAAAUAAACGAAACAGCAAGCUCUAUAAUUAAUGGUUUAUGUAAAGAAAAUUUUUUAGAGUUGUCCUGGCAGUUUCAUAAUGAGUUAGUUACUUCCUCUUAUUCUUUAUCUUCAUCAAUUCAAGAGAAGGUUUUAAAUGAUAUGUGUGCAAAGUGCUUUUUAAAAAAUGCUUCUUUUUCUGAAGAAGUAUAUGCAUAUAUGCAAACUAAUAACCUAGAUGUUUAUUCCAUAACAACUAGAACGUAUUUAGAAUAUCUAAUGAAUAAUAAUAAAGAAAAUCUUGCCCAAGAAAUAUUUGAGAAAUGUUUAAAAGGAGGGUUUUACAAAAUAAAUAAUGAUCCAUUUUGCUUAGAAAUAAGCUGUGACUUUUUUAAAGGAGAAAUUAGUUUGUUUGUUAAACACCAUUUUAAAAAACUUGCUUUAAAUACAUCUCAGCUUGGAACUCUUAAAUUACUAUGUGUACCUUCAGAAAAAAAAGACUUAUUUAAUAUUAACAAAUUUCAAUCGGAUUGCAAGUUAAACAUUUUACAGAUUCUUAAUGACUUUAGUCCGCAGUUAGAUAUAAAAGAUUCAAAUGAGUAUGUUGAAAUUUCAAUUGUGAGCAUACGUCGUUGGUAUCAAAGCCAACUGCGGUUUCAGAAGGCGCUUUGUCCUUUAACUACUAGUAAACAAAGAUUUGUUGAUAUGCCUACAUCUGAAAAAGUUUCUUUCAUAGAAGAUGGGAAACCGAAUAUGAAAAUGACUAUUUGUCCAACUCCACAAUAUGGCGUCACUUCUGAUGCCAAAAUGAAUGAUGCCAACGAACUUACAAUGAAGUUAAUUAAUUCAGAGAUACAAAAGCAAUGUACGAAGUUGAUGGACGUACAAUUGCUUCCACGUGAAAAUUACAUAAACGUAUCCAGAAUCCUCUAUCGGGAUUUUAUAGAUUUGUUGAAAGAAGAAGGAACUUUGUUUUACAAUGAAGAAAUGGCUAACCGAAUCAUAUCUUAUGUAAACAAUAAUUUUAACAAAUAAUGGAAUUCGAUUUUGUCAAGGUCAUUGUGUCAUAUGACUCUACGGCUGAUUCUACGGCUUUAUGCAUUCUUCGGUUAUAUUUUAUAGGGAUCAAAGUCUUUAUAAGUAGAAUUGUAUUUUAUUUAUUUGUUUUGUUUAAUAUUUUCAUUAUUUUUUAA